AUGAAGAAAAAGGGAUCAUGCAGUUUCAGCUUUUCAAUAAUAUUAAAUAAAUUAAACAUCGUGGUACACAAACAAGCCUCAACUUCAAAUCUUGAUUCGGCUCACUUCUCUCUUUACUAUAAUGUAAUCAGUGGUGAUGUUAAUCAUCUGGUGCUUUGCAACCCACAAAACAUGAACGUGUGGAGUUGCACAAAUGUGCUAAAUUCAAACUGUGAACAAGAUACGAGAUUAAUGAAAUGA